AUGGAGUUCACUACAAGUGGAGAUACCAUUAUCAUGGCAGGUGGUAUGAUUAUGAUGGCAUUUCUCUUGAGGAAAUCAUUGAUGUUUCUGCACCUUCACCGGUAGGAUUUACAAUUGCCUCCACUGUUUAUUUCAAAGAGUAUGUAGCCUACAACCAAUCGUGUAGAAUCACUAGAUGCACUAUUCUACCUUAUUACUUCUUAUCACCAUGCAGUGAUAAUGCAUACUAAUUGAAGAGGUGUACUCUCACUUUUAUUUCACAAUAAAUCCUAUAAAAUAAUGUUAGUAUUCAAGACAUAAAAAAUACAUUGCUGUUGUACAGUAUAAAAAUUGUGAGAAUUCUUUUAGUGGACGCUCUUGUGUCAGAAAGAUGUAGUCAGUACAUAUUAUAAGAAAGUCAAUGUUGUUAUUGUUUAUAUUGUUGUAUUGUUUUGUCCAAUAUUCCCAGUCUGUUGAAACCCAAACUUGUCGUGUUUUGUUUCUUAAGUUUUAUCUUUUGUUUGCAGUGUAUGUGAAAAGAUUUUAAAACAGGCUGAAAAACCAGACAUAUCAAAAUCUGAAGCAAAUAAGCUACAGAGCCGAGCUGCAUCGAUGACCUUCGAAGAUAUUGUCGUUUGCAUAAAUGCAUGUAAUUACAUUCAGUAGACAAACUUGUUUAUAUAAAACAAUGAUAUUAAUUUGUGGGCCAAAUAAAUAAUGGCAGUGAUAUUUUAUUUCCUUUGAAAGAUUUGUUUAGCACACAAUGUGAAGUAUGUUGUUUCACCUUAUGAAACUGAUGCACAAAUUGCUCACAUGCCUUUAAAUGGCCAUGCAGAUUUCGGGAUUACAGAGGAUUCAGACCUGUUGGUUUAUGGAUGUAAGAAGGUUUGUAAGAAGGAACCUGCGAAAUUAUACUUUUUAACUCAAUCAAGUAUUUAUUGGAUGACUGCGAACAGCAUUGGACUGAGAGGCACAUUCUCUACACAGUUAGUCAUUUAAAUUCCUGACACCUCACCUCUGGCAUACCCAGGGCAAUCACCUCCUAUUCACUAGUUUUCCCCCUUUAUGCCUAGGGGGGGGGGGGAGAGACCUGUGGUGCAGGAGGUUUUUUAUGACUGAUGCAUAAGUUUGUAAGAAGUUAGAAAACUAAUUUAUUUACUUGUCUACUUGUCUGCUUAUUAGGCGAUGGCUAAACUCAAACUAAGUGGAGAUGGUGAAUAUUUCCAACUUGCAGAGAUAUUGGGUGGUUUAAAUCUAAGCCAAAAACAGUUUCAGCAAAUGUGUAUAGCCGCUGGUUGCGAUUACCUUACAAAUGUGAAAGGUGUUGGCAUACACACAGCAUUUCGUUUUGUAAAACAUUCAACUAAGGAUUUGUUGGAACUAUUAGUAAAUAAAGGAGGAUCAGAGGAGUACAAAAAUUGUUUCAGCAAGGUUGAGACAGUUUUCAAACACCAAACAGUAUUUGACUUGAAUACCAACUGAACUGUUCCCCUGGAGAAAUGUGAGGUUGAUCUUUCUGAAGAUGUCCAGUAUCUCUGUGGGAAGUAUCCUUAUGCUAUAUAUAUUAAAUGAUUGUCUAUAAUAGACAGAUUAUCUGAAGAAUUUGCAAUACAAAAUAUUUUUCUUAACUUACUAAGUAAACUGGCAGAUGGCUAUGCAAAUGACAUGGCUGUUGGCAACAUCGAUACGAAAAGUGGGGAAAAGGUUAAUGGCUAUUCUCAUUUAGUCAAG